AGCGGUCAGCCGUGCGGUUGGCUCCCCGCAUUACGGCGUUUCCACUCGUCGAGAUGAACGUCCUCUGCGCGCUGCUGCUCGUCCUGCUGGUCCGGGGCUCCCCGGCGGCCGACAUCAGCCUCCAGAUCUCUGGAGGCAAGAUGGCCCUGCCCGGCCAGUUCCCCUACCAGGCACUGAUCGGCGCCGUUGACCAAGCCACUGGUCUCCCGGACCUCGACAACGUGUGCGCUGGCGCCCUCAUCGACUCCAGAUGGGUCCUUACCGCCGCCUCCUGCCUCAGCAACCCACAUGUCAACUACCAGGUCACGUUUGGCGCAUUCGAUCUGAAGGUAGACGUCGAGGACACCCGCGUCACUCACACGAUCAAGAACAAGAAUAUUCACGAGUCGUACAACGCGGCGACUGGAGAGAACGACAUCGCACUUCUCGAACUGGUGGCCAGCGUCGACGAGAGCGAGUUCGUUGCUCCUAUUCGGCUCCCGUCUGCAAAGCAAGCCACUCAAAGCUUCUGGCUGUGGAACGGCGCAGUCUCUGGUUGGGGCUCCACCAGUAAAGGUAAGGCACCCCAAUAGAGAAAAGCCACGACCUCGAAAUCAAAGAAUAUUAAGA